AUGAACGGUCGUCUCGCAUCCGAUUCGAACAAGUCUGAUCAGACUGUAGUACAGAUGAGCCAAAGCGGCAGCAGCACUGGUGGUGGUAAUGGCUCAAAGUACAGCAUCAUCCUACCAACAUACAAUGAGCGCCGCAAUCUCCCCGUGAUCAUCUACCUCCUCUGCACCACCCUCGAAGCCCACAAGAUCGACUAUGAGAUCAUCAUCGUCGACGAUGCCUCACCCGAUGGUACCCUUGAGAUUGCCAAGCAACUACAAGGCGUCUGGGGUCCCGAGCAUAUCGUCCUGCGUCCCCGUACUGGCAAGCUCGGACUAGGGACCGCCUAUGUGCAUGGACUAGAAUCGUGCACAGGAGACUUUGUCUUUAUCAUGGAUGCGGACUUUUCUCAUCAUCCAAAGGAUAUGCCAAAGAUGAUUCAGAUGCAGAGGGAGCGCAAUUUGGACAUUGUACAGGGUACGCGCUACUCGGGCCCUUCGACGGGAGCGGGAGUGUAUGGAUGGAACUUGAAGCGCAAACUCGUCAGUCGUGGAGCCAACUUGCUAGCCUCGGUCUUUCUAGACCCAAAGACGACAGAUGUGACGGGAAGCUUCAGACUCUACAGACGUCCUCUGCUGCACAGACUUAUGAAGGAGGCUACCUCCAAGGGGUACGUUUUCCAAAUGGAGAUUCUGGUUAGGGCAAAGCAUGCGGGUGCUACAAUUGGAGAGGUACCCAUCACCUUCUGCGAUCGUGUCUUUGGUGACUCGAAGCUGGAAGGAGGCGAAAUUGUAGGGUACGCAAAGGGAGUGUGGAACCUGUGGAGGGCAUUCUGA